CGAAUUGCCUCAACAAUGAGCAAAAUGUCACCGAUGGUGGGUAUCAAGUGGCUGGCAGAGAAAUUAUCCUCAGGUGCCACGAAGAAUUUCCGGGUUUUGGAUUCAUCGUGGCAUUUGCCGAAUACAAACAGAAUUGCAGCACAGGAAUAUCCGAAGAAACACAUCAGAGGUGCUUUGUUUUUCGACAUCGACGUAUGCUCAGACACAACAUCGAAAUACGUCCACAUGUUGCCAAGUGCCGAGCUAUUCGCGAAUUAUGUCGGCAAUUUGGGAAUCAAUAACGACACACAUGUGGUGGUCUAUGACAACAACGAUAAUUUCGGGCUAUUCUCCGCCCCCCGCGUCUGGUGGAUGUUUCGACACUUUGGACAUCCACACGUUUCUAUUUUAGACGGCGGGCUUCCAAAGUGGAUAAAUGAGGGCCAUCCGGUGACAGACGAAAUACCAACGGUAGAGCCGGCGAAAUUCGUCGCAACUGCAAAUUCAACCGAAGUGGUCAGUUUUGAGGAAAUGGUUCAGAAUGUCACAGACGGUGGUUUCCAGGUAAUGGACGCACGGGCAGCAGGCAGAUUUGACGGUGUUGACCCAGAACCAAGACCAGAUAUAAAACCUGGCCACAUCCCUAAAUCUAUCAGCUUCCCAUUUCCACUCAUCCUUGAUGGAGACACCCGGGAAGUGAAAAGCCUGGAAGACAUUAGGAAGAUCUUCGAUGAGAAGAACAUAAGUUUGGAUAAGCCGUUAACUGCAUCAUGCGGCUCUGGAGUCUCUGCUUGCUGCCUAAUAUUAGCAGCCAAUCUGUGCGGAAAAGAUGACGUGCGUCUGUUUGACGGCGCAUGGGUUGAGUACUAUCUGAGGGCAGACCCCAAGGAUAUUCAUGUGAAGGGGCAGGUUUAGACAAUUAAUAAAUCAAUCAAUACUCAUCUAAAUAUAUGAAGCGUUCUUCGAAGCACGAUUGUUGCAUCUAUACCAGUAACAAAUUCUGCAUGUGUUUGACAACACGACUUAAGCUUAGACAUCUCUGAAAACUGAAAGAUAGUAGUGGAGCUGUUAAAAAACAUUUGUAAUUUUCCCGUGAUGCAUGUUUUUUUUACACCUGUGUAAGUAAUAAAUAUAUAGAAGUACAGCGGGCACCUGAACAUGUCACUUACCUCUGAAAAGUUGUGAACAUGAAAA